AUGUCCGUUCCUGGCACAUCGCUCAUCACCACCUCAUUGCCCACCUCCUUUGAGCUUGGGACCGGCGCCUCCAUCUAUACGCAGUCACUGCUGCCCGCCUUCCACGAGGCGACGCACGAGAUCAUCCUCGUCACCUGCUUCUGGGCGCGUUCCGCCACACUAACUGCGGUGGCCGAGACGAUCCAGGUCCUAGCUGAGCGUCGCCGCCAGCUUCUCGAAAGCCAGGCGGAAGCAGGCCCUGAGGGUGACGCGCUGCCAGUCCUCAGAAUCCGCAUCUGCUUCUCGUCGCGCUCCCUCUUCCAGAAACUAUUUCACACCACUUCCAAGGAUGGCUACCUCUAUCCUCCAUCGUCAUGGUCGGAAAAGCUCGGCCUGCCAACACAACAGACACUGCGCAGCGGCAACAUUGACCUCCAGGUCAAGAGCCUCUUCUUCUUGCCGUUCUGUGUGAUGCACCCGAAGUUUCUCAUCAUCGAUCGGCAGCGCGCCUGGCUGCCGAGCUGCAACGUGAGCUGGGAACCCUGGCUCGAAGGGUGCAUCAGCUUCACCGGAGACGCCGUGACAGGUCUUGUGCGGUUCUACGAGGCUGUCUGGGCGAGGGACAACCAUCUUGACCAACCACCACCACCACCACCACCACCACAGGCGGGCCCUGGCCACCUCGGCCACACCGCCACCAACCGCAGCACAUCACGCCUUGGGCUGACUGCGAUCCAGUCACCGGCUCGUCUCUGUGUUGACCUGGCGAGACGCCCACUGCCCACCAUCAUACUGCCCUCGUCACAUCACCGCAAUCCGAGGUUUCGGCCAUUUCCCUGGCAAGGUGCGCCGUCAACGCCGCCGACUCCGCUCAACUGCGCCAUACUUCGCCUGCUGGACAUGGCGGAGAAUUCCGUCUACAUGCAGACACCAAAUCUCACUUCCACGGCUGUGCUUGAUGCGCUGCUGGACGCUCUCCUGCGCGGUGUGAAUGUCACAGUCGUGACGAGCAAAAACAUGAUGUUGAUAGAGCAGAUCGUGACCGCGGGAACAACCACGUCUUUGUGCGUCAAAUCGCUGAUCAAGAGGUAUCAAAGACAUCGUGACAUGGGCCAACCCAAGAAUUCAUGGACGGACAAUCAGCAACCCCAUCACGAUAUCGACCUUGAAGCUCAGCGCCACCGUGUGGGCUCACUCAAGAUCUCAUACUAUCAUCCUCGCCAGGCAAACAUGGCUCGAAACAUGAAAGAAGAACCGGUCCAGUCCCACCUAAAGUUGACCAUUGUCGAUGAGCAAUACACAGUUCUUGGAUCGGGCAAUAUGGACAGGGCAAGUUGGUUCACCAGUCAAGAACUCGGUGUCCUGUUCCAAUCAGGCGAGCUUGCUACUACCGUCGCCAACUCGGUCGCAGAGGUGUUGCAGGGCAGGGCUGACACCUUGUACUCGUCGGAAUAG